GGCGAGAUGGAGGUUAUGGAGAACACAAACAAAAAAACCCAAGAACCUGUGAAAUUAGAGACAAAACAGGAGGACCCCCAAGUUGAGACUCGACAACCUCAGCCCCAAGAAGAUGAUUCUGUGCAUAAUUUAAAAGACAAUAGAGUCCAAUGCCACAAACAAGCUGAGGUGGUGGAAGUUCAGACUCAGACAACAAAAACUAAAAGGAGAGACAUGGCGACACAGACACCAGUAGUUGUUCAGAGCACACAGGAGACCCAAACAGAACCUGCUGACCUUACUCUGCCAAAGCAAGAUGAACACAUGCCUGAUGCCCGACCAACAGAAAACAAUAAUACUGCCAUGAUGCAGCUAAGCCAAGAUAACCACACACCAGACACCCAGCUGAAGAAAGACAACAGCACUGUUGAGACUCAGACAAACGAAAACGACCAGUCUGGUACUUCUUUACUCAUACAUGAUGAUGCGAGUGGUAAAGGUGCAUCUUCCGAUUCUCCGUUGGAGGACAGUGCCAAUCACAAUAAUGAGCAAAAGUGUGAAGAAGCACAUCCCUCUGGAAAUGUCCCAGACAGUUCCACAGUCUCCCAAAUGCAGAGAGACGCCAAGCCCAUGUCUUAUGCCAAAGCCGUGACUGGGAAGACGGUAGAGGGUGAAAAAAAGUCAAAUUUUCUUGUCUCUCAGACAACAGACAAAAGCAAGUCAUCUGAAAGCAACAAGAGUUGCUAUCGCAUUCCAGUUAGACCUCCCCUCGGAGUUCCAGUCUUUACCAUUCACAUCUACGCUGUGCUAGACAAAAAGUUCAGAUUCAACAGAGAGCAUGACACGUUGGUGCUAUGUAUGGAAAAAAUUGCCUUUCAGCUUGAAAUGACAUCUUUUGUUGACCAGCAACAAGGCUAUUUGAUAGAGGCAAAUCUUUCCAUAGAGGACAGCUUUCUGAGGGGACGGAAGUUGUUCUACCAGUUUGGUGUGCAACAACAACAGAAAACCAUUGUAGAGAUUGCUGGAAGAGUCAUGCUUAUUCCAUAUCAUUUGCAAAUUAAAGACCUACACUUUUAUGAGUGCUACAUUAGCUGCACUGAAGCGGGGUCGAUGAUGUCAAAUUUGAUUGAAACCGGUCUUAAUGCACUUGGCUGGACAAAGCCAAAGGAAAAGGACAUUUCACAUGCCUGGCUAGUGUCAGCUAAUUUGCUGCUGGGGAGAAUCUUUGAGAAACGGCACCCAUCCAGCAAAGAGGACAUUGAAGGCUUGUGUCAGGACUUGAAACAUUUCAAGGGAAAUUUUGAUUUUUCUUAUAAAUUUGUGCAUUACCCAAACAAUUCUCUGCCCCCUCAGAUCCAGGCAUCAGAGAUGAUUUCAGAGCAGUUGCUUCACAUCUUAAAAGGAGAGGGGGGAAACUCAGAAAGCUGGAUGAGAAUCAGUCCUCUUUGUUUGGGCUUGUAUGUGUUUAUGAUCAUCAGAAAGUGCAAUAUAGAUCUUGGGGUGACAGGCUUGGCAAAGCUUUGUCAACUGGUGUCCUCUGACACUGCAAUGGAGAAGAAAAACCUGGAGGAGAUUCUCAACGCCUUUACAGCUGUUCAGUACACUGUGGUGGGUCUGAUAAACCACUGUGCAGAGCAAAAGGUAUCCGAGGUGAUCCUGCUCAUUCCGCUACUCCACAAACUCAGACAUCCAGGGGCUGAUGCUGCCAAGCUAGGACCAACUGUUGAGGAAGAGGAUUGGUCAGGACUAGACAAGGUCAAAUUUACCAACUUCAGAGAAAAUAUAAGAGAUUGUCACGACAAAAGAAGGAUAAUGCUGACUUUAAUCCAAGAAAAGUUAUCUCUGGUUAAAGAGAUGCCCCUGGUUUUGAUAAGUUGGCUGUCCCUGGUCGCAUUUGAGGACAUUCCAGAAUUCUCCAAUCUGACUGGAAUACAUCCAGAGCAUUUGAUCCAGGGCCUGCUAUACAGGCUUCGAAUAUAUGGGGAGUUAAAGGAUUACAACAAAGAGAAACUGAAUGUACAGUGGGCCGAAACAGUCUUGACUCAUAUUCUUGAGGAAGUAACAAAGCAACCAAAAAGAAUGAUAGAAUCUGGAAAUAUCAUGUCAGUCUUCGCGAGUGGCAUCAACGUGGUCAAGAGCACAUGCAGAAUGGUGCGACUUGUCCCAUUGUACAAGGCUGUUGUGCUGGCCUACCAAGUUGUGCUAAAGUUGGCAGAAGUUGUGGAUGCUGUACCAAGAGAAGAGGACGAUGAGGGGAAGACUUCUAAUGACUGGUUCUUCGACGAGAUAGGGAAAGUACAGCGGGAAAUCAACGACUGGAGAGACAGACUUCUCCAAAAUCCUCUUCUAACAAAGUACAAAUCAUUCAGCUACCCUGGAGAAAUCGAGGUAUGGGAUGCAAUGCUGAAAGUGCAGUGCUCUGUUCAGAAAGUCAUGUCACAGUGGCAGCUCAACCUUGGGAAGGACCUGCGGAAGAGGAUUUCCAAUGCCACUGAGGUGGAUCAAAUAAUCGUGUACUGUCUUGAGUCAUCCACGGACGCUACAAGACGACAUGAUGUCUUACAAAACUGUCUCCAUGAACUGUGCCAGUCUGCUAUCAAGAGCAUCUGCCAGUCUGGGAAAGCUGGGGACCUGAUGAGGACUCUGGCCUUAAAAAUGAAGGCUGUCCCUGUCAAAGUCUUGUCCUCCAUUGUGAUUGAGUCAGCAGCACAGUUUGAGAGCAAUUCUGUGGUCCAACUGCUUCUUCCUGAGUCUGCAAUCAACCACCUUCUUUCUCACGAAGAAUGGAAGGCGAUACAGGUGGAUGAAGCAGCUGCACAAGUUAUCCAAGCCUGUCAAAGUACAGUAGCAUCUCUGGUGGAGUCACUGCUUCAAGGAUACAUCCCACUGGGACAUCUGCAAACCACCCUGGCACACAAAAAGCAAUUCAAGCAACUUUACCACCAGUAUAGGAAAAAUGCCCCCAUGCAAGCCAUCCCUGCUGAUGCAGACAGUAUAUUGUCUCGAAGAGAGACAGACCUAAAAUUGUUCAUGCAGCAAAGAGAACAUAUUGAUACACUGAUGAAGAUGAUAGGGAAGGUCACAGAAAGCAUAACAGUCGCUGAGAUGUCCAUUCUUGAUGAUCGGCACCGAGAAGACAUCCAGUCAAUAAGCCUGAACAAACUGGUUCAGGUUCAGCCUUGUGAUGACCAAAGGACAUUGAAGGAGAUAGGCUGUGGCCAGGUCCUCUGGUAUAGCGCCAGUCCAACGGUCCUCAAAAUGGCCCGUCAAAUGCAUUCCCUCCGUCAGAGCAACCUGGUCCUCACCUCUUGGGUCAAAACGACAGCAGCAGUGACACAGAGGGGACAGUCACACUCAUUAUCUGUUCCAGUAAACCUAAUACAAGUCCACGAUAUGAUCUGGGAGCCAAUACUAAGUCAUUUCUAUCAGCUUGGCCGUGACAUUGCUAAUGCAAGAAUCACUUUCGAGGUGCUUGACCAGGCUUUGGUGGACAUAGGAGACCUGGGAGAUGGGAAACUGCUGAAGAAGGAGCUCGAGCUGAUGUCAAUCGGUAGCUGUGGAGAGCUUAACCUUGAGCACAACUGGAUAGAACAGCGGCUCUUUCAGAUCUGGGAAUAUCGACAGCUCUGUUCGGCAGCUGCCACAGCCAGUACAGUGCUCGCUAUUGCUGAUAAAAUGAAGCUUUCUGGAGACUUCAGUGAAAUCAUCUGCCUCACCCAAGUGAAAGAAGACCAGUUUAAAUGGAGGGCUCUGGGGUCCCUCACCGAUGAUCUACUUCAUGCCAAGCGACUCCUGUCCUCGGUCACCUCACAUAAUGCUGCCUGUCUGGAGGAGUUCUUAAAAAGCCAAACUCUGAUCAACUGGGUCAAAGAAAACCUCAAGGAUAUGAGGGAUGUGAAAGUCUAUGUUGAGCUGGCCUCUAUCUCUGCUGGAGAGAAUGACAAAGAAAUAGACCAAGUGGCCUGCUUCCAUGAUGCAGCGAUGGGCUAUGGCCCACUGCUCUACUCUCUCCCACCCAAUGCCAGCUUUAAUGAGUUCAUGAGCUGUGCCAGGCAGGUGUGGGAUUCCCAACACAGAGAUGAGAAACUACCAGACAAACUUAGAGACUCUACCCGUUUGCUGAGCUGGCUAAAGGGGCUGAAGGAGACUCAUGGUUCCGUGGAGCAGUCCUCUCUUUCCCUUGCUUCUUCCAUUAAUUCCAUGGGGAUUUAUCACAUAGGAUUGUCUGAGGAUAUUGCGGAAAAGCGAUGUCUACAAAGCCUUCUGCAGGUCAAAGUGAAAAAUGGCCAUGAGGAGAAAAGCUACAAACUUGAUGACCUCCUGGAGCUCCAGAACAAACUCAUGCUUAUGUCAUCCAAAGGAGAACAUGGAAAAGAACAAGUCAAUAGAUUCACACAGGUUUUUGAAGGAGUUCAAAGAAUGGGCACUGUCCUCCUCCAAAUGUUAUCAUCAGGCAACAUGCUUUUCAGGAAAUGGCAUGCUCAAGUCCAGUGCUGCCAUAAACAGCAGCCAUGUAUCCAAGUUACCUUCUUGUCCCUGAAUGGCAAAGUAAUGAUGUAUAAUGGGGAGGUGACAGAGCAGCUACAAAAGCUGGGUCGCUCUAUGGAGACCUGCCAUAAAGAAUGGUGUUCCUACAUCAGUGAGAAGCGUUCCCGCUUCUACACAUUGAACCAUUACACCUCAGAGCAGAUUGUGUACCUAUGCCACUGGAUACACACUGUAUGUAGACACAACACAUCAGUUCCUCCACAGUUAUGGUAUUUACUUUCUCCCAUAAAGCCCCAGUGCUCCCUGUCUGAUGUGAGAACUGCCUUCGCUAAUGAGGAGGAGGCUCUUAUUCAGUUUUCCUCAGAGGAUGAAGAUGACAGCACCAUUGUGGAAAUUGAAAACGAUGUUGGGAACUACUCACCUUUGAUCCAAGAUGAUGUCAGUGGGAAGGGUGCACAGGAUAACCUUGUGGACCUCUGGAGGCAAUUCAAGGAUGACAUGCCACAUUAUCUUGAUCAGCACAUGGACAUCUCCACUCUGGCCCACUUUCUCUCAUACCUCUCUGAAACAAACCAGCGGUAUGUGACGAGAAAUUUGCCACCUGGUUUCCAGGAAGGAAAGCCGAAUCUUGUUCUUUGUCACACUGCAGAGGUUUUCUCUACCACCCUGUCUUUGUACAUGGAGAGCCCAGAGCAGCCUCUGCCAUCUGAUGAUGAGGUGCUGGUCUGCAAAGAGGAGACCACAGAGGAACAGGUGGAGAUCUUCCUUCGUCGAGCAAUGGGUCAAGACUCCAAAAGCAGUGGGCAGAGGAUCUAUUCCCUGGUCAAUCCUGGAUUGUUGGGCUACGAUGUCAGUGUAUCCCUGGGAGAGCUCUAUGAGUGCCUUGAGAAGAGCGCUAGCCCCCAUUAUUGUAUGGUGAUGAUCAGUUCAGUUGUGCACCAGCAUAGAUAUGUGCCCUCUUUCUUCAGUAACCACAAAGUGCAAACAGGAUUGGGGGUGACAGCAGACAUUGCUAGGAAAUAUAUACACCAUCAUUUCACCGUCUCAUUGCCACACUGCCCCAUCUCAUUGAUUUCUCCAGAGAAAAUGUCAGUCUGGGUUGUGUCAUCCACACGCCCUGCAGUUGGUAAAUCCCUUUAUGUGGACCGUUUGUUUGGGAAAUUCCAGCAGAUAUCUCCCAAUGUUCGACACAUAAGGAUGAGAGUGAUUGAACCAAAGGUUGAUGUAGACCACUUCGUUCAGACUCUAUCACACCGACUAGGACCUUUGAAAGAGCAAGGCACUGUGCUCCUUCACAUUGACAUUACUGCUGUUCACUCAGGUAUGGAGGAGCUCUUGUUUCGUCUAUUGGUUCUGAGUUGUUUAAGUGACAGCCAGGGAAGACUGUGGAGAAGGAACAUCACUCACUUGAUAACUGUUGAGCUUAUGAGACCAACUGCUGAUAACCAUUCAAAGGAGAUGAAAUUUGGCCUUCUUGACAUUCUUCCUACCAUCCAUUGUAGACCUCCGAAAGAAGUGAAACAGUUGUUGGCCAAACCAAGCAUGUCUACUAGGAGAACCCUAGACCCACUCAUGGAUGCGCAGGAAUUUGCCAGUGAGGGAAUUCAGAGACCUUAUCAGUUCCUGAAGCUCUUCAGCAAGAAACAAAACUUGGAUCCAUUUAAGUACCAAGAAGGGUCCAAAGUAGGGGAUCCACAUGAUUGUCUUCACCACUUCAUAUCAAACUGUGGAAUGCAAGAUCCAUCUUGGGCAGAGUUGAAGAACUUUUCUUGGUUUCUCAAUGUACAGCUCAAAGACUGUGAACAUUCCAUUUUCUGUGAUCCAGGUUUUCUUGCUGACCAACUGCCUGGUUUCAAAGGCUUCAUUGUGAAGUUUAUGAUAUUGAUGGCUCGAGAUUUUGCUUCACCAUCUAUGGCCACAUCUGAUCAAAGCCAACUGCUGGAUUUUGAUAACAUUGCAGAGGAUGACCUUCUAACCCGCUUCACCAUUCGUAAGCAUUGGGAAAAUGAGUCACAUCCGUAUAUUUUUUUCAAUGCAGACCGAUUCUCGAUGUCUUUCCUUGGCUUUCAUGUGAAAAAGACUCCUAGGAGGAAUACCCUAUGUGCAGUUUGUCCUCACAGUGAUAAGGUGUUGAUAGAAGAUGUGAUGUCUCAAAAUCUAUAUGAGGGUUUGGUGCGCCAAAAGCUCUCUCUUGCUGAAGACUUUAAUCUGUUGUCCCGAUCAGACAAAAUCAAGAGGAUCUCAUAUGUCGUUGGUGCCAAGAGAGGAAUGAUGAGUGGAGGCUUUGAUCCAGACCCAACAUAUGAACUCACUGCUGAUAAUGUGAUGAAAAUGUUAGCAAUUCACAUGAGAUUCAGAUGUGGGAUUCCAGUGAUCAUCAUGGGAGAGACAGGCUGUGGAAAAACUCGAUUAGUCCGUUUCCUUUGUGAUCUGCAGAGGGAGGGAAGACAGGUUGAGAACAUGAAACUGGUCAAAGUUCAUGGUGGAACAUCAGCUGAGAUGAUCUACAGAAAGGUGAGAGAGGCAGAGAAACUUGCUGAGAAGAACAAGAAAACUCACAAACUAGACACCAUAUUAUUCUUUGAUGAAGCCAACACCACAGAAGCCAUUUUUGCCAUCAAAGAAAUCCUGUGUGAUCGAACUGUGCAAGGCCAUCCACUUAAGGUAGACAGUGGCUUGAAAAUAAUAGCUGCUUGCAAUCCUUACCGGAAACAUUCACCUGAAAUGGUGGAACGUUUAGAACGUGCAGGCUUAGGAUACAGAGUAAAGGCAGAGGAAACGCAAGACCGUCUUGGUAGAGUCCCACUUAGGCAAUUGGUAUACAGAGUUCAUCCCCUGCCUGCAAGCAUGGCUUCCUUAGUCUGGGAUUUUGGUCAACUGAGCGAUUCAACUGAAUUAUGCUACAUCAGUCAGAUAGUUCAGAAGACAGUUGAGAAUGAUGGUUUGCCAGUUGGUUGCAAAAAUAUAAUUUCAAAUGUGCUGGCAGCCUCUCAGAGAUACAUGAGAAGUCGCAAAAAUGAGUGUAGUUUUGUGAGUCUGAGAGAUGUGGAGAGGUCAAUGAAAGUGCUACUGUGGUUCUACCAGCACAGUAGUGACCUGUUCCCUAAUUGCACGGAUCUCAGCAAGGCUCAGAGGACAUUAAAGUGCUUGGCUCUUGCAGUAGGUGUGUGUUAUUAUCCAUCUCUCGUGUCCAAAAAAGAGUACCUCUUUGCAAUCAGCAAACACUUUCCUGAACCUUUCUGCUCUGCAGAGGCACUGCAUCAAGAAAUUACAAGAUGUCAAGACUUCCUCCUUCAAAACAUCCAGACAAGGGAAACCAUAGCUAAAAAUGUAGCACUGAAAGAGAAUGUGUUCCUUAUGGUUAUUUGCAUUGAACUCAGGAUCCCACUUUUUCUGGUUGGCAAACCAGGUAGCUCUAAAUCCCUUGCUAAGACAGUGGUUGCUGAUGCCAUGCAGGGCCAGAACUCCCACUGUGAAUUAUUCAAGAAGCUCAAGCAAGUUCAUAUGGUGUCCUUCCAAUGCAGUCCUCACUCAAGUCCUGAGGGUGUCAUAGGGACAUUCAGAAACUGUGCCCGAUUUCAGAGAGACAAAAGCAUGGAUGAAUACGUGUCUGUGGUGGUACUUGAUGAAAUUGGUCUAGCUGAAGAUUCCCCUCAGAUGCCCUUGAAGACCCUUCAUCCCCUUUUGGAGGAUGGUUGCAUUGACACUGACAAACCAGAUCCACACAUGAAGGUUGGCUUUGUUGGUAUCUCCAACUGGGCGCUUGACCCAGCAAAGAUGAAUCGAGGAAUAUUUUUGUCAAGAUGGGAUCCGACUGAGAACGAACUAGUGGAAACUGCCAAAGGAAUUUGCUCAUCCUCCAAGCCAAUACUUCUUAAAAUCAAACACCUCUUCCUACCUCUGGCAAAAGCCUUCUUGAGUAUCUGUGACAAGACGGCAAAGAAUCAGUUCUUUGGUCUCAGGGAUUACUACAGUCUAGUGAAAAUGCUCUUUGCCACUGUCAAAUCCUCACAACAAGAGCCAGAUGACAGACAGUUGGUAGAAGCCAUUUUGCGGAACUUCAGUGGACAACCAGAGGGGUUUGACCCUGUUGCAUUCUUCCAAGAGGUCUUACAGAAUCGUGCAGAAAUACCCAGGCCAAGCACUCUGACGAUGGUAGAAAAGAAUCUUGAACUUGGCAAUAACCAAGAGAGCCGGUACCUCCUUUUGCUCACUACUAACAAUGCAGCUCUCCAUAUCCUUCAGCAAAACAUAUUUACCAGACAAAAACACCCUCCCCCUGAAAUUGUGUUUGGCUCAGGAUUUCCUAAGGACCAGGAAUAUGCCCAGAUCUGUAGAAAUGUGAACAGGGUGAAAACGUGCAUGGAGACUGGGCAUACUGUCAUUCUGCUCAACAUGCAGAAUCUUUAUGAAAGCUUGUACGAUGCCUUGAAUCAGUACUAUGUUUACCUCAGUCAGCAGCAAUAUGUAGACCUGGGGCUGGGCUCCCACAGAGUUAAAUGUCGUGUCCACAGGGACUUCAGGCUGGUGGUAGUGGAGGACCAGAAGAAGGUCUAUGAAAACUUUCCAGUGCCACUCAUCAAUAGGCUUGAAAAACACAGGCUAGACAGAGGCACAGAUCUGACUACUUGGCAGCGCAGAGUUUUGGAAAAACUGAAGAAGUGGGUGAAAGAUUACUCAGGUGAGGCCUCAGAAGAUUUCCAACCAUCUGAUAUAUUUGUGGGCUUCCACGAAGAUGCCUGCGCCAGUGUUUUGUUGCAGGUGCUAGAAUGGAGAGCACAAAAAAUGGAUGCUAUAGAACAACAGAAAGAGAGUGGAAAAAUUGAAUUGCUGGAGGAAGUUGAAGGAACUAAAACACCUGAGUCAUCUGCUAAUGCACACAGAGAGAAACCUGACAAUGAAAUUGAUCACGUUUCUGAUUCAAUGGAUAUGGCGAUUGAAAGCGAAGAUCAAAAAAGUGUGUCAGUAAGAAAGAGCAGUGACAUCUCUAUGGAGGUGAUGGAUGAUGACAGAGUGGGGAAAAUUAGCCGAAAAAAGAAAAAAGAUGAGCUCAAGACCGACAACAUUGUUGUGACUGCUAGUAAAAAUGAGGAAGAGGUCUUUGAGUUAGCCAAAUGUUUCUUGUUGAACUGUGCCACCCCUGACUCUGUACUGAGGCUAAAGUACUCAGACUUAGCAUUUCAGGAGAAGGAGGACCUUAGCAAGAUAUACUUUGAGCAACAGCAUCAUCACUCCUUCCGAGAUUUCCUAGAGGAUUAUUUGAGACACCCCCAAGAGUCCAGCAAGUUUCUUGAGAUUACUACAUUCUCCGGCUUGUUAACUAGGUCAGAUGUGAGGGAAGUAGCUCAGGAUCUGGGGCUUAAUACAGACAACAUCGUCCUGCUCUCCCUCCACCAGUUUGACACAGAGGCCUCCUUCUGCAACAAGAUACGGAGCUUCCUACAAGAUACUGGCCCUUCUCUUCACAUUCUUCUUGUUCAAAUGGACCUAGAGGAAUUCCAUGUCAAUGGCGAGCUCAUAGCAUCAGCAAAGUACUGCACCAUGAAUAACAUGAUGCCACUGGCCAAUCAGACCUGUUUCGUGGUGUUCAUUGCCAAGAUUUCUAGGAUCCUAAGUCGAUUUCAGUACAUUGGCUUCCAAGGAGGAGUCUGGCACUCGGUGCAUAUCGAUGACCUAAGAGAUACAGAGGACCUGAGCUUGAAUCUGUCCAUUUUCUCUGGAGUGCUUAUGAGCAAACUUCUCCAACCUGCACUAUCAGCAGAGGACAUUGAAACAGAGGAGAAAAGACAUGACACUCAAAUGGAUACCCAUGCAAAGGAAGAAACUGCCCACCUUGAUGGCCUAUCCUUGGUGAAAUCAUGCAUGCAGAAAGCUGUGAGUUUGCUGCGAGACCCCAGUGAUGUGACCCCCAGGAGCAUGCAACGCAUGCGCAUCCUCCUGACUCUCAUGGCAAAAGAUCAAGGGCACAUAGGAGCUUGUUUCAGGGAGGUGUUGCUAGGUAGACUGGCAGGGGCCCUGGCACAGAGGGAAGAGAUGAUGUUCUCUCCGGAGGAGUGGAUAAAUACAGAGGCCAAGAAACGCCAGGCUCUGCAGGAGGGGGGCACUCUGAGACAUACCCUGUGGCGCUGUCUUCAGUCCACCCUCACUCCAGUCUUGGCUGGUGUGUUGGAGGUCCUGGACAGGUAUAGUAACCUGGACCUGCUCUUAAGUACAAGGCUUAGCGAGGGUCUGACAAAGCUUUGGAUGGACAUUCUGGCAGACACACAGAUUCUAGACUUGACCCCUCCCCAAAACGUCAGUAUGUCAGAUCAGGAGAUAUUGGUGCAACAUUAUUUUGUGUUGGAUGGUGAAGGAUGCUCCUGUGCUGCCCCAUUCAGCUGGCUCAUUGAAAUGCACCUCCAGAGCCUUUGGGAUGAAUCUGAAUUCAUACCAGCGACAAGGGAGGACAGCAAACUGAGGAUUCUCCAGUUUGUAAGCACCUUCAAAAACAGCAAGCUAGGCAGCCACUUCUGGAAACUUUCAGACCAGGAGAGAUUGGAGUAUAGCAACCGCUACUUGGAAGAUUUUCUAAUGCUCUCUCUGAAGAUCAAAUCAAAGGAUGGGCUGAGGGUACUCGCUAAGGCAAUGUUGGGUUGUGUGCGUGAGCUCCAGCAGUCAAUAAGCACAACCCCUGACCUCUCUCCUGCUUGGAUCGUGGCCAGUGCCAAACAUUACACCCUCAGACUGGAUACGCUUGCUCACAUCCUGGUGAUUCAGCCUCAGCUAGCCAUGGAUGUCUUUCAUCAGGUGUCGAAGAGUGAGCCCAUGGAAAUGGUUGAAGAUAUUCUGGCACUUGGUACCUGCGUUGAAAGUACCAGGCUGUUGACUGUGACGUCCUUGCAAGACUGCAAGCCUUUUGUGUGCAGAGUAGAGCUGUUGAAGCCAUGCCUAGACAGAGCCUUCGGUCUGAAGUACCGUGCCGUCUGUAGUGUGGGCUGCGCACAACAUUUAGACUCUAUCAGAUCAGUAUGGCAUGGGAUACUGAUUGUAACAUCUUUCAUCCAGCAAGUCAUGUUCAAAGUAAAACAGAAUGACACCAAACUCGAGGAGCUGUCUGUAACACACUGCAACCUUCUUCAAAAUCUAAUGCGGGACUCUCCUGACCUGAGGAGUGUGGACACCUUGAAGCAGCUGAUCCGCAUCCUAAACUCGUUCCAUGCUAAGUGUGUCAGCAAGGACCUGAGGUAUGACAUUAACUGCUCCAUAUGCCUAUCUGAGCCCAAAGAGUCAUGCCAACUACCCUGUGAGCAUGUCUUUUGUUUGCCCUGCGUCCAACAAUGGAUUCAGACAGGCCGGCAGUGUUGCCCUAAAUGCAGAGCAGACUUGCCACCCAACUUCCAGCUAUCUGCCUCUCGUGCCAUUAAGGCAGUGCUUCAGCAGCAUGCGGACAUGAGGGCCUGCUGUAACUCCUUCUUCCUGGAGGUGGUGUCCAGGUUCUGUCUGUCUGAUGGAGAGAGGCCCAACGAGGAAAUGGUGGAGCUGCUCUUCUCAUUGCUCAUCUCUGCCCACGGAAAUGUGUACAGGACCAGAGAGCUAACGCCAUUCCUUGACUGUGUGGACAACAGUCCUGUAGUUCGCUCUGUACUACCUAAACUCCUGCUGCAAUAUAGUUUUGACCAAGUGAAGACUCACAUCCAGAAAUACCUGAGGACUCUGGAGAAGAACAUCCUAGAAAAAGAGGACUGCACUGAGCUGUAUCUGCUGUUUGUCAACUGUUUCCAGGACUCUCUGUUGUGCUCUGAAGUGGGAAAAGUGGAGCAGGGGAAGAAACGGCAGAUGAGAUGGCAAGAGGACAUCAACUUCCUGAGCAGGCUGGCCAGAAAGCAGAUUCCAAACAGACAAGAGGACCCGGCGGAGUUCUUGCUUAAUAUGGCCCAGCUACGGCAGUGCCUGGCCACCGCUGCCCACCUGCUGCAGAAAACCAGCACCCGAGGUGCAAAUACAGAGGUGAUGGCUGAUGAGUAUCUGCAGCAGGUGAAGGCAGUGUUCAAGUAUUGUGGUAAUGACUGGCACAGGGUGUACCUGCUGAGAGCGCUGCACAGGCAGGCUGGCUUAGAUGGCGUUGUUACCCUGAUGAACAGCUCCCAGUGGGAAUGGCUCUUCCCUCCAGAGGUCCUUCGUCUUCAGAGGUUGAUUGUGACCGAUGUGGACCAGUUCAUGUGCUGUGGACCGUCGUACCGGACCCUGAGGGACGGAGUCGGCGAAGUUCUACUGGAGAACAAAACAGACACACUCAAGACAGGACUACAGAACCUGAGAGGCUCUGAGGCCGCCCAUGUUCUCCUUACACUGGCCUUGUUCAGACAAGUCACCUGUCGAUGUGUGUCAUCUGACCGCAAGAUGCGCCCGUCUCCACAGGACAUUAAAAGGGUGGAAGAUGUCCUGAAAACCAUCCUGUCAGGGAAUAUAAGGGAGUUCUGCCUCGCCCUUAUAAACAACCAGAUAGGUAGACCGGGCUCCCCUCUCCACAUCAGCCAGGGUCUCCCGGCUCCUAAACGAGCCCUGCUUGAGCUGCUGAUCCACAUGGACUCGGUGCUCAUCAGCAGAAAUUCUCUUCUGGCUCCUCUCUACCAGAUUGCCUUCCAGCCUCAGAGUGCUACACGCUCCUUCUUGCCAACCAUGCCCGAUGAUCACACAAGCGAAGCUACACAAUGGUUGACCGGCGAGAAAAGCCUCAAGAUGUAUAAGUGCGCCAAUGGCCAUCCAUGCUUUGUUGGGGAGUGUGGUAAACCAAUGGCUCUGUCAAAGUGCCCAGACUGUGGAAUACCUGUUGGUGGGCUACAACACAACCCAGUCUCAGGAUUUGGCCUUGCAAACAUAAGUGGUGAUCAAACUAGGACCGGGCAUGUAUUAGGAGAGGCUCGGCGGAGGUCUGAAGCCCCAGAAAGGCAGAUGACGUCUGCCCAGUCCCACAUUCUUCGGCUCUUUACUCACCUCGCCAUGCUACAAGGAUCCAUAAGCAAUAACAGGGGGAUCAGCGAGAUGAUUCACCCCAACACGCGUAACGUUUCAAGCUUCCUCUGGUGUCACCUUGAGAAGGACGUGAACAUGUUGGGACGGACACUGGAUCGGAACAUGGAUGACACUGCUGUCAUUGUUCAUCUGAUCCUCAACAAAUGCAUGGAGUUCAGUGCAGGUCAUCGGGCCACACCCAACCUGUCCUCCAGACGUGGACGGGAGCAGUGGGAGAAGUUAGUCUGUGAUUUCGCCAUAGACCCACUCAUUAAGGAUCUGAGGAACCAGCUGGCUAGAGCCCAGGAGAGAAUCAGUAGUGAUGACAGCGUCGCUGGAAACCCCCUGAUGAAGCUUUUCUACGCUGACCCCGGAUCCAUGCUGUCCCUCCCCUCCGACUGUCCCACACACCGCUCCUCCUUCUGGAGCCUUCCAGAGAUGAUGACCGUGGAGCGCCUCUCUCAGCUGGUGGAACAGGCACAGGAACGCAGCUCCUUACCCCUGCUUAGCCUGUUUCUCAAGAAGAUACAAUGCAUUAGACAGUUGCAUCACCUACCUGAGUUGGCUGCAUUACAGUCAGACCUUUUGAGGGUUUUUCCACCUACGUCAGACACGCUACCCCGCAGUAUUGCACAGAUGCUACAGCAGAUACCAGCAGGAUACCAGAAGAACAAACUGCUUGAGAGGAUGAAGAAAUUCAUAGAGGUGUGGAAUUUCCUUCGACUGGAGGUUGCCAGAAAUUCCGCAGACCUGGGUGUGGAGGUGCGGUUGUGCGAGCAAGAGAUGACAAUGGACAGUUCUGGGGAGUUCCUAACGCCAUGUCGACAUGGGCCGGGGUCAUGUCUUCGAACUCUGGUAGAUUUCCUGUCAGAGACUCACAACAGUUUAGUGCGGGAGGCCAGGAGACUGUGUCCCCAUGAAGACAGGGAAACGGAAUACCUUCUUCCUUUGGAGAGGAUAUCUGAGACUCAGCUAGCCCUGUGUCAACCAGAGAGAGAGUUGCUCCCCCUGGUGUUAGCUCACUGCCAGUACACUCUGAGGAAAGGUCAGGAGACGAACCGCAAUUACAACUUGCAAGGGAUCCAAACCCAACUGGCCUAUCGCUUCCUGGCUGGAAAACCACUUCUGCAAGCGGACACCUCAAGGUUCUUGAACAGACGACUACAGGAUUUCUCUGUGGUUCUCACAGAGGUCAGAGGCAAGAUUCGUCAGGAGCCGUUGCAGGGUUCAGUGUGUAGUGCCAUUAGGACGGUGCUGCGAUCCUACACUGACGUCUGUGACGCUGUUUUCGUCGUGGAGAUUGGUCUACGCUUUCUUGGCAAGAUGGGCGGGAACCCUAAACAUCAGCUUUUGUCCUUCCUUACCGAUUCCCUGCAGAUUGGUUCACAGAUCUCCAAUUGUGUAGCCAAGGCUCUCGGACAGAGUAGACUGGAACAUAGCGUAUUCACCUGGCAGCUCCUUACCUGUUGGAAAUCUGAACUCAUGCUGAACCAAAAGCAGGACCCAUUUCGAAGACUACCUUCAGAGUUCCAGCAGAAGCUGUCUGAGGAGGACCGGAAAGGUCUGAGGAGUUUCCUCAUGGUCACAGACGUCAACACAUUUUCCCUGGAGAUGCAUGAAAUUCUCCUUCUGAAGACAAACAGCUCGAUACCUGACCAGGUUUACUCACCACACUGGGACAUCAGAAACACCCUAGAGAAUUACUUGGAGCAGAAGAACCUUCCAGCUUUGCCAGAGCUGGACUCUUUACCAGGGGACAUCACUCUAGACAAAGGAGCUGAUGUGUGGAGGGCUGCUGUCAAGUUUAGAAAAAUGUAGAAUCUUUCCACAUGGAUAAAAAAAUGAAUUGUAUUGUUUAAACAGGCUGUAUUACAUUGUUAUCGAUAGAAUCAAUCAAUGAAGUUGCGUUUUAUACUGCAUGGUGUCACUCUGCAAUGAUAAUGAGUCAGAUUCCAGAUUCCACUUUAUUCCAUAUGAUAUGAGAGGGCUAAAAUUGUGAUGUCUUGUGUUAUUUUCACAAUGCAUUGUGAGAGUGUUGGCCCUAACAUGCAUGUCUUUUUAGCUACUAUGCAACAAAUAGCUGGAAUAAACUUCCAGAAGAUUUGAGACUUGCUCCAACACAUCCAAAGGAGUUGAAUCAAGUGCAACAAGUCCAGUUGCACUUGAUUCAACUCCUUUGGAUAACCAUGACCCGGAUGAAGGAGAACAUUCACAGACAUCUUGCUCCAACACAGACUACUUUUAAAUCCAUAUUAAAAACGUUUAUGUUUACCAUUGCUUUCUGCUAAACUGCAAACCUUGCAUUUUGACUUUUGCAAAGCUAUAGACCUUGCAUGGCAUUUUGAUUUUAUUCUUUAAUUUAAAUAUCUUUUAUGAACUACUUUUUAAAUCUUUUUUUAAUUGUGUAUGCCUUGCGCAUAAAAUGUGCUUUAAAGAUAAAGCUGCCUUGCCUUGCCUCGUAAA